AUGCCGCACGAUGGCUCCGGCCCAACCACUCGCGCCAACUGGAGCCCAUACGACAACAACGGCGGUACGGUGCUCGCGGUCGCGGGCGAAGACUAUGUCGUGUGCGCGGCGGACACCCGUAUGUCGACCGGUUACAACAUCCUGACCCGCGACUACAAGAAGAUCGAUCAGAUGAGCGACAAGUGCGUGUUGGCGAGCGCGGGUUUCAUGGCUGACGCGGUGACGCUGAAGAAGACUCUCAAGGCCAGGUGCACCACGUACGAGUUCCAGAACGAUAAACCCAUGGGAUGCGUCUCGUUCGCUCAGAUGCUGAGCAACACCCUUUACUAUCGCCGCUUCUUCCCGUACUACACCUUCAAUAUCGUCGCCGGGCUGGACGCGGAGGGCAAGGGCGCGGUGUUCACCUACGACGCGGUGGGGUCCUACGAGAGGACAAACUACUCGUGCCAAGGGAGCGGGCAGGGGCUGAUCAUGCCCGUGCUGGACAACCAGCUCAAAACGGUGUCCCCACUCGUGCUGCCGGCGCAGUCGAGCGCGACGCCCUUGAGCGAAUCGGAGGCUGUGGACCUCGUGAAGGAUUGCUUUGCCACCGCAGGGGAGCGCGACAUCUACACUGGCGACACCGUGGAGAUUUGGAUCAUCAACAAGGACGGGGUCCGGAAGGAGUACCAAGAGCUCAAGCUGGACUGA